AUGACCACUACUAAAUCAUCUAAAAAGUCCGAAGAUGAUGAACAUCAACCAUUACUUGCCAAGACAAAUAUAAAUAAUAAUAUAUCAAAAUCUCAACCAGUUAUACAGAAAAGUGAUCAAAAUAAUUUAAGACAUGCACAAUAUUCUUCAUCAUCACUAAGUUCAGAGUUACAAACAUAUCCAUCAUCAUCAACUCUGAACCCAAUACAAAAUAAUAAAUCAAAUAUAAGAAGACCAAAAUCGGGGAAUGCAAUAAAUAAUUUAAAUUUAAAUUCUCAAAAUUCAAAUUAUACAGAAUUUGAAGAAUUUUCAUCACCCAAAAGAAGAGUAUCAUUUUCAGCUAAUGAAUACCUCAAAUUAAAUCCAGAAAAACCAUUAUUUCAAAGAUUAUUAAGUAGUCAUCAUUCAGUAACAAAUCCAAAUUCUCCACUGGCUACAACUUUAGAUUUUUCAACAAAUCAAAAUAAAAGUUCAACAAACUUACAUCAUCCUCAACCUUCAUUUUUUCUUAAUGGAAAUAAUUCAAAUUUGGCACUUGGAUUAAGUUUAGAUUUAGAACAACAAAGAAGAUUAAGUAUUGUUGAUAUUGUAAACAAUUUAAGACCUUCAAAAUUAAUUGGUGAUGUUAAACCAUUAUGUAAUUGGUAUGCUUAUUAUAAAGAUAAUAUAAAUAAGAUAAAAAAUAAAGAAGUUAGAAAAUACUAUAAAGAGCAGAAUUAUUUGAUUGAAAAAUUUCAAGAAAUAGAUAAUUUUUUAGAUGCUGGUAAAAUUCAUUACAACAUGUUGAGUAAUUAUGGACUUGAUUCAAAAAAUACAACGACUGAAGAGCUAGGUUCCAAAAUAGCUUUGGAUCAUAUAGAAGAAAUGGAAGAACCAUUAAGUGGAUCAACAACCCCUGAAAGACAACCAAUGAAAAAACAAAGUAUUGAUGACAUGAUGAAAAAAUCGGAUUCAGAAAGAAGUGAAAAUAGCAAUGGUAAGGCAUCUUCCAAAUAUUCAAGAUUUUAUGAUGUACCAGGUAAUGUAGAUAAUGAUGGAUCAAAAUUUUUAGGAUAUAAUGAAGAAGAAGAUAAUCUGCAAAUUUUAAAAGCCAUUUUAGUGAAUUUUUUGAUCAAUAUUAUAUUACUUAUUGGUAAAAUUAUUGUUUCAUUGUUGACCAACUCAUUAUCGGUUAUUGCAUCAUUAGUUGACUCUAUCUUGGAUUUUUUAUCUACUUUCAUCAUUUACAUUGUCAAUAGAUUAGCAUCGCAAAAUAAUUGGAAGAUAAAACAUUCUUACCCUAUAGGUAGGUCAAGGUUAGAACCUUUGGGAGUGCUAAUAUUUUCCAUUAUCAUCAUCAUUUCCUUUUUCCAAAUCGGUCAAGAAUCAUUCAAGAGAUUAUUUUUUAGUACACCUGAUCAAAGAGUUCCUGCAACUAUUGGACUUGAUGCUGUAGCAAUUAUGAUUAUUACUAUAAUUGCAAAAUUUGGUUGUUGGUUAUGGUGUUCUAAUUCAAAAUCUUCUUCGGUACAAGCAUUAGCUCAGGAUGCAAUGACUGAUGUUGUUUUUAAUACCGUGUCGUUGUUGAUGCCUUGGAUAGGUCAUGCUUUUGAUAUUUGGUGGUUAGAUCCUUUAGGUGCUUUACUGUUGUCAAUCUAUAUUAUUGCAAAUUGGGGUAUAACUGCAAUUGAACAUAUAAACAAUUUAACAGGAGCAGUAGCUGAUCAAUUAGACUAUAAAAUUAUUUUAUACUUAUGUAUGAGAUUUGCAGAACCAAUAAAGCAAAUAACAGCAUUAAAAGUAUAUCAUGUUGGUGAUAAUUUACAAGUUGAAGUUGAUUUAGUAUUUGCCACUAAAGAUUCAAAAUUUAAAGAUUUAACAUUUAAAGAUUGCCAUGAUAUUGCAGAAGCUUUACAAUAUUCUAUAGAAAGUUUACCAAUGGUUGAAAGAGCAUUUGUUCAUAUUGAUUAUAUGGAAGGUAAUUAUAAAGGACAUCUUAAAUAA